AUGACAAGGGCCUUGUCCGACGAGUCCUUCGGCUCCACCUGCGGCUCCGCCUGCGGCUCCGCCGAGCCCCCCGCCGAGCCCACCGCCUGGCGGGCCUCCGCAGCGGCCUGCGCCGCGACUUCCCUCUGGCGGGAGGCUGCGACCUCGUCGGCGGGGGACCAGACGACGGUCGCGUUGGCGGCAGGCAGCGGCGAAGCGCUUGGAGCCCCCAAGGGUUCGCCACCUGCGGGCGUGUGCGGGGCCACGUUCGCCAGACCGGACUCCCGUCGCAAGAGCGGUGGGGCGCUGGCUGCCGGGGAGACCGUCGGUGCGUCCGUCGGCUCGUCGGUCGGUGGCGGUGAGUAA